CAACAUUGCAAUAUUCGACCAAUUCAUUUUUAGAUCUAUACCUCAAAUUUUUAUAAAUAAUAUAGCGUUUUCAAGAUGUAUAAUGAUUUUUUAGUUUCCUACUGCAUGUCUUGCUGCUCCGUUAAAAUAUAGUGAUGAAAUGACAGAAAAAAAUACGAAUAGUAAAUCGGGAUGCGUAGCGAUGGGGAAGGAGUGGCUCCUGCACGAAGCGGUUCUCUCGAACGAAGCCGCAGUUGUUCGCCAAAUUCUUAGCGAUCCUGACGUUCUCAACAUCGACUGUCGUAACAACUACGGACGAGCUCCGGUUCAUCUAGCGGCUUCGCGGGGUAACUCGGAGAUACUGAAGCUGUUGAUCAACGCCAAGUGCGACAUCGAAGCCAAGGACAAGUUCGAAAUGCGGCCCUUGCACAUGGCGGCCCUGCACGGUCAAAGGGCGGCGCUGGAGCUUCUGCUGGAGGCCGGAGCCCAAGCCACGGCUCUGGACAAGAAUCAGCGAAGUUUACUCAUGUUGGCGGCGCAAUCGAGUUGCCAUUCGAGCAGCAGCAGCAGUGAAAACCAAAGACAAAUAAAAGGAGAAGGAAACGAAGACGAGGAAGAAAUUGUGCUGCAUCUACUGAAUCGGCUCGGGAGCCAAGCCGAAAUGUUGGAGGCGCUCUGCGUCCAGGACGUGGAGGGUGCCACGGCUGGCCACCACGCGGCGCGUCACGGGCGCAGCGGACCGAUCCGCAGCAUCGGCCGAAAGCUGGGCGUCGAGGGGCUACGCCGAGUGCUGGAGGUGCGCGAUCUGCAGGGCCGCACGGCUCUGCACGAGGCUUGCCAGCAGGGCCAGCGCUCGGCGGCGGCUCAGCUGCUGGAGUUGGGCGCCGAUCCGCUGGUCCAGGACUCGCAGGGUCGCUCGGUGCUGCAGCUCGCGGCCGAGCGCAGGGACAGCCAGCUCUGCUGCUGGAUGUUGAGCGGCGACGGACUCGGGCCGGUGCGGGCGCGGGCGCUGCUCGAGCUGAGCGACUCCAGGGGCUACAGGCUGCUGCACGUGGCCGCGAGCCUCGGCUGCUGCGUCAUACUCCAGUGUCUGCUGGGCGGCGAGCUCUGGACCGGCCCGGAGCUGGCCGAGCAGCUGAGGACGGGCUGCCUCGAGGCCGCCAACUCGGCCCUGCACUUGGCUGCGGCUAGCGGCCAACUCCAAGCCGUCGAGCUGCUCGUGCAACACGGGGCCGAGCUCAAGUUGCGCAACCAGCUAGGCCAGACGCCGCUCGAGUUGGCCGAGGAACGCGGUCAUGGCCAGGUCUGCCGCUCGUUGCUUCGGGCCGAGCAGCAACAGGAGCAGUCCUCGUCCAGGGCUCGGAUGCUGGCGAUUACUGGCCGUGGCCUCACCAACAUGGCUAGUAUCGUGGCGCGAACUGCCCACAUUCUUUACUCGCUUGACUAUACCACGCCUAAAAACGACUGAUUCAACUUCGCCAACAUUUUAAUGUGUCUACAGGGCAUCUAGUUUCCAUAGUUUGUAUUUUAAAAAAUUGACCAAA